AUGGGCAUCGUGGACGCCGCCAUGCUUGAAGCAGACGACCGUCAUGAACGACGAUUGCAUGUAAAAGAAAAGAAUCGAAAUUGUCCCGGGGCUCACACAACCACGGAAGACGGGCCAUCUAAGUAUCUAAAUCAGAGUUUUCUCACCACGACAGUUCGACCGCCAACAAGACAUGGUCGAGAAUCAGUUAGCAGUUCAGAAGGCGCUCAUAGCUCAACUCCUUCAGAUUCACGAAAAGAGGAUAACGCCGUCUUAACAGGGUCAACUUCAAGAGUUCAAACAACGGAGGACGAAUUUCUAGAGAAACUGAAUAAAAUCCGACGAAAGUCUUUGGUGAAGAUGAAUGAAGCGGAGACAAAUCAACGAGAAGAAAGCAAAACUGCGAUCAUUGAAGAAGUUUUGAAUGGUGCUAACAACAGCUCACUGACGAAUGGAAAGACCUUAUCGCCUCCAUCGACCUCGGGAACACCAAACACGUAUCGAGUCACCUUUGAGCAGGCUGAUGAGGCAUCUGCGAGAGUUGCAGCGGUGGACCUCGCGACAUCCGCCGAUAGACAAGCGAAAGAAAAGCAAAGCAGGAGGAAAAAGAAAGAAGAGAAGAAGCAAAAAAGUUAUUCGAGAGAUGGAAACGUGACCGAGACGAAAAAGAUCGUGAAGAGCGAAGACGAAAACGAGAGAAGGAAAAAGAAGAACGUGCAAAAAAGGAGGAAUUGGAAAAAGCAAAAAGGAUUGAAGCUGGCAAAGAUUUCUAACACAUUAGUAAAAGUGUCCAUUAAGCUAAAAAGUUUUCAGUCAUUUGAGGCAUGGAAGAGAUCACAUUUAAAGCCACGUCUUAAGCAGUCGGAUGAAGCUGAGAAAAAAAUGCAAAAAGAGGAAACCAGAAAGGAAGCUGAGGAAGCUUUUACUGCUUGGUAA